AUGCCUUCGUACUCUCUGAACCAGUUCUCCGACCUCGAGGAAAUCAUGUGUAAGCAGUUGCUGGGCCUUGACCUGAGGGAGCAGAAUAAGCCUCUCUCAAUGGCCAUGAAAACCCCAGGCUACAUUGGUCAGAGGAGCAACUCAUCAUUUUCCCUUUCCUCUCUGUGUCCCUCCGAGUCAUCAGAUAACAUGCUUCAGUGUUCCAGUCAAUGGAUACAGUCCCCAGUAAGUCCCCUGUCUCCUCAACUUCCCAACUCCACACAAUGGGGAAAGGCGGGUUUCCUGGCCCAGCGAUCUAUAAGUAUGGUUGAGACCAACAGCCUGGCUGCUGCAAGUCUCUGCUGGCCAGGGAGUGACCUGAAACACUCCCAGUGUGACCUCAGCUCCUCUGCCUCUUCGGUCUCCUCAUCCCUCUCCUCACGCUAUAAGACUGAACUGUGUCGCUCCUUCACUGAGAAUGGCCUCUGCAAAUAUGGAAGCAAGUGCCAGUUUGCACAUGGAAUGGACGAGCUGCGUGACCUUAACAGACACCCCAAGUACAAGACUGAGCCAUGUCGCACUUUCCACACUAUUGGCUUCUGUCCUUACGGUAUCCGCUGCCACUUUGUUCACAAUAAUGAAGAGGAGAUUAAGCAGUCCACCUCUCACUCCUCGUGCUCUGGUGUUCCAUCCCAAACCACUUGUACACGCUCCAACAGGCCACCUCUAAUCAGACACAGCUUCAGUUUUGCUGGUUUCCCCUCAGCUCUGCAGCAGAGUCAGCAGCCGCCUGCUCUUGCAGCUAAUCCUGCCUCAGCCUUUACACGCAGCCCCUCUGCAUCACCACCAUCCUGUGCUGAUAUCACAGACCUGCUGUCCCAGGCCUUCCUGGAUUUGGACUCUGCCUUUGAGGCCUCUACAGUUCCUCAGCAGUUCCAACCACCACAGAGUCAUGAAUCUUCAGGUGACCCACACUAUCCAUUCCUUCCCUCUCCAGAUUCGGGAUGUUCAUCCCCCACACUGAGGCAGAGCCCAGGGGUCCCGGGAGCCUUUGGACCCCUGGGCACUAGAUCUUUGUCCAUUACGUCCUUGUCAGACCAGGACCAGGAUGGAGGGAGCUCCAGCAGCUCUCUCAGUGGUUCGGACCCCUGCUGUGGCCUUAAUGAAGCAAGUGGAAGGCGCUUAGCCGUGUUUAGCCAGCUCUCUGUCCCUGACGAUCCAGCAUCCUUCUUCAUUUAA